CGAAGGUGUCACUUGGGGGUUCGCAGUCUUCAUGAAGCUCCACAGGUGAUUCCCAUGCAUUGUGGGUAUGAUGUCCCUGUGACAGGAGUUCCUGAUGUGCCUACCCCGCCAGGCUACUGCUCUGAAGGGAAAAGCCAGAAGGGGAUGAGGGAGGGCAGUCGGGGAGGCUGAGUGUGCAUCUGGUCCAGAGGAGUGGGGACCCUGGAACUGGACACCCCAGGAGGCCCCGCGCAGAGCGGGAAGGACAGCAGAGCUCACACAGCGACUGCAGGCCCUGUGAGCGUUUCUGGACCGGAAGUUCUCCUCACAGAGAGAGGGGCCAGCACACAGCAGGCCCCAUGGAGCCCCCGUCAGGCCCUGCAAGCAGGAGGCAUGUCCCCUGGAACAGGCUCCUCCUGGCAGUCGCGCUCUUAUCCUUCUGGCCCCCGCCCACCACUGCCCGCCUCACUGUUGACACGGUGCCCCCACUGGCUGCAGAAGGGUCAAUCGUUGUUUUCAACAUCCUCGGAAAAGAAGGACUUGUCCUAGGCUAUGGCUGGUUCAGAGGGAACAGGGUAGAUAGAGCAGCUGCAAUUGACGUCUACCAAAUACUUAACAAUUCAUUUACACCUGGGCCUGCAAACACCGGUCGAGAGACAAUAAAACCCAAUGGCUCCCUGAUAAUCCAGUCUGUCCAGAAGCGGGACUCGGGAACCUACACUGUGGUCACUGUAAAGGCUGAUUUAACAAACGUUUCGGCAUCUGGAGAUCUCCAAGUAUACAGCCUGCUGCAGCAGCCCUCCAUCCAAGUCAGCGACCCCAUGGACAGAGAUAAAGAGAACAAGGUGGUCAUUACCUGUAACACAAACGAAACUGACAUCAGCAUCAAGUGGAUCUUCAAUGGCCAGUAUAUAAAAGCCGCAAAGAACAUCUUCCUGUCCGAGGACGGGAAGAAACUCACCAUAGACCCCAUCAAGAAGGAGAAUGCCGGGAAGUAUCAGUGUGAGAUCUUCAACAUAGGCACUUCCAACAGAAGUGGGAUCUUUGAGCUGAAGGUGAAGAAAUCCUCUCUGUUUGACCUCACAACUGGUACUGUUGUUGGCAUCCUGGUUGUAACUUCAGUUUGUUUGGGUCUGAUAGCAGCCCUGGUGUAUUUUCUGUUUUUCAAAUAAACAGUAGGGUAUGCCACCUUUC